AAGGGAGUGCAAAGAAAGGAAAAAGGGAGGGACUGAGGAAGAGAAAAGAAUCACAAGAGUUUCAUAUUUGUAGCCGUCUCACAUCAUGCACUGGAAGUCUGUUCCUCCACCUGAAGGAAACAAUUGACGUCAGUUCUUUACAACUGCUCUGCUUUUUAAAGAAGAAGCUGUGGUGCCAUCAAUUUUAGAUUCACAGAUGGCUGCACUGCGCAAAGAUGGGGGCAAACAUGACAAUGGACCUGUAUUGAUGACUUGUGAUCAAUAAGGACAAUAUAAGGGGGACAUUUGAGGGACGUGGAGCAAGGCUUGUGAACGGAACAUGUUCUGGUUGACUACCUGUUAUAUUGGAUGAAUGGACAGACAUAAAUGAGAAAGCAUCUUUAGUAGUGUGGUGGAAAUGCAAUAAAAUAAAGCCAUGCUUCACCUGACGGAGUGAAGACAUGACUGCAAACUAACUUGAUGGAAUCUCCACAGUCUUUUACCCUCCCUCAAAAAGAGUCGUUGGUCACCGGUGUGACACAUAUGCCCCAGCAGGAGGAAGAUGAGGAGGAUGACGAUGAAGAAACUGGGGAGAAGUUUGAGUUUGAUGAUAGUGAAGAUGAACAUCAACCAGAAGCUCAUGAUGUAGAAGCUGAGCAUUUAGAGAGCACUAAAGGGACCACAGACCCAAAUGCACUUUAUUCUCAAUCUAUGAAGCAUGUCACGCAGCUGAAAAUGAAUGGAGGGGACCAUGACAUUCACACAGAAGUGCAUGUGACAUGCCCUGUGAUCGUAGCCAGACAGUCUCCUGAUGGGAGUACCAUCUCAGCCGAGCCUGGUGUACCUGAAGAACCAUCAAACAUUUGGGGAAAAAAUGACAUUAAUGAAGGUUCAGAUUUUGAGUGCCUCUACACAACUAUUGGUAAGAAACCUAUUGACAAACACGCACCGGCUCGCUCUUGGGAAUGGUUCAGUGUGGUUUCAGAGCUUACUUUGCGACUGCAGAAAGGGAAACCUGUUUCUGAGUCAGAGGGAGAUUCAACUCCAGAGCAGCCGCAGGUGAACACGACUCCUCCCGCUCAUUCAGAGGUCAUCUACGACGAUGUGCCUUGUGAGAACAUCACCCAACCGGAUGCAGAGGACGAUAUGAUCUACGAGGAUGUGCAGAGGUCUGGCGAAUCUGGGCUGAUAGACAACGGCUGGGGUUCCAGCGAGUUUGAGAGUUAUGAUGAGCAGUCAGACAGCGAGACCAAGCAGCCCACCCGCAAUAAGAUUUCUCCAGAUGUGCGGCGUCUGAAGCAGCGCUGCGUCCAGACCCGGCGUGAGCUAGCCAUGCGAUUAGGGGCUAAAGAUGUCGGGCAGCUCAAACAAAGCUAUGACAUAAAGGUCCAACAGCUCAUGAAAGCUGCUAGGAGCGGCACGAAAGAUGGACUGGAAAAGACCAAAAUAGCCAUGAUGCGCAAAGUGUCCUUCCUGAGUAAAAAAGACUGCACAGAUGACGCAGAAGAUGAUUCUGGAUAUUUGGACGUGACUGUUUCUGAACUGAAGCAUCCUCCACCUCAGCUGUCUCCAAUGCCAGAGGGACUUAGCAGCCAACAGAUUGUUAGACGUCAUAUUCUCGGCUCUAUUAUCCAGAGUGAAAGAAGCUACUUAGACUCCCUCAAGAGAAUUUUGCUGGAGUACAAGAAGCCUUUAAUGGAGGCGGAGCCCCGGAUCUUAAGCCUGAAAAAGAUCCCACCCAUUUUCUACAGACUGAAGGAGAUCCUGCAAUGCCACUCCAUGUUUCAAAUAGCGCUGACCUCUCGUGUAGCGGAAUGGGACAAUACCGAGACAAUUGGAGAUCUCUUUGUGGCUUCUUUUUCCAAGUCAAUGGUGCUAGAUGUGUACAGUGAUUAUGUCAACAACUUCACCAAUGCAAUGGCUCUCAUCAAGAAAGCUUGUUUAUCCAAGCCAGCAUUCCUGGAGUUUCUAAAGAAGAAACAGGCUGCGAGUGCGGACAGAAUCACUCUUUACGGUCUGAUGGUCAAACCCAUUCAGCGUUUUCCUCAAUUCAUACUGCUGCUUCAGGACAUGCUGAAGAACACACCUGUAGGGCAUCAGGACAGGCUUCCUCUGCAGCUGGCCCUCACUGAGCUCGAGACUCUCGCUGAAAAGCUGAACGAGCAGAAACGUCUGGCAGAGCAGCUCGCUGAGAUCCAGCAGCUCGCUCGUAGCAUCAGCGACCGCAACCUCAGCAAGCAGCUGAGCUCAGAUCAAAAGCAGUUGAUUCUGUGCGAAACAUUGAUUGAGACGGUCUACGGUGAGAAGGGUCAAGUCCUCAAGUCCAAGGAACGUAAAGUCUUUCUCCUGAAUGACAUGCUCGUCUGUGCAAACAUGAAUUUAAAAUACAUUGAAACAGGCAUUGAUAACAUCGUAGACGAACCAAGAGGCCCCCCAGAUAUCAGCAGCCUGGUCCCUGUUGGUCCAAAAUACGCAGUCAAGUGGACGGCCCCCCUGCUGCAGGUUCAGGUGGUGGAGGUGGGCCAGGAGACGCCCCAGCGGAAAGACAACGUCUACCAGCAGAGCGGCAGCAAACGCUCGAGUUCCACCAACAAUCAAGGAAAGCUGUUUCUGGGACCUCCCCGGCUGUAUCAGGAACUGCAGGAGCUACAACAUGAUCUGUCAGUGGUGGAGGAAGUCACGUUGUUAGUCGGCACCCUGCAGGGAUCUUACCAGAAUCUCAACACGACGGUGGGCCAGGACUGGUGCAUGGCUCUUCAGAGGCUCAUUCGCAUCAAAGAAGACGCAAUCCAGUGUGCCAACAAGUGCCGUCUACGGCUGAUGGUUCCUGGCAAGCCUGACAAGUCUGGUCGUCCGGUCAGUUUCACAGUGGUCUUCAGUACACCCAGUCCAGUUAGCAAAAUCUCCUGGGUCAACCGUCUGCAUCUGGCCAAAGUUGCCCUGAAAGAGGAGAACACGCCUGGCUGGGUGUGUGUAGAGGAUGAUGAAAAGAAUAAACCUCCAUUCUGGUGCCCAUUACUCGCCUGCCGGGUGCCUGUAUUUACACCGAAAGCACAAGAUCUGAAGUUACAGGCCGGUCUUUAUAACCCGGUUCAGUGUGCUCUGCUUGGAUUCCCUGCAGCCAGCACAUCCUUGCCUCAGGGCUACCUCUGGGUGGCAAGCGGGGGCGAGGACUCUCACGGGCAAGUGGAAAUUUUCUCUCUUAACAGAGCCACUCCACGCUCGGUGAAGAGUUUCUCUCUCGGUUCUUCUGUGCUUUGUUUGGAGUACAUCACAGAGCCCAGUACUGGUGAGGAGCAGGAGGUACAGGCCACUGAAGUUCCAUCCAAGAUUGGCAACACCAUCUGUGUGGGAUUACAGGAUGGCAACAUUCUAGUUUAUGGAAGUGUGGACACUGCUGCUCAGUGUCUUCUAACAUUCUGUAACCCAGAGGGCUGUCCGGUUCUGUGCUUGAAACACUCCACCAAUUAUCUCUUUGCUGGAUUAACUAAUGGAAAAGUUGCAGUUUACAACAGAAAGAGUGGAGAUGGGUUAUGGGAUCCGGACUCGUGCAGAUAUGUAGUUAUUGGGUACGCUCCGGUCCUCAGACUCCUGCAAAUAGACGAGUGUGUGUGGGCCAGCUGCGCAAACCAGGUCUCUGUCAUCGAGGGCUCCUCUCUCAGGACUCAGAGUUUUGAAGCUCAUCCAGAUGCUAUGGUUAGUGUGACCCACAUGGUACGUGCUGGAGGAGGAGUGUGGAUGGCGUUUUCAGAAGGAAUAUCCCUACGUCUGUUUCACACUGAAACAUUGGAGCACCUCCAAGAGAUCAACAUUUCAACACCCUCCGCAUAUCUAAGCCCUGGUCAAAAAACAGUAUGUGUUACCAGUCUACUCAUAUGCCAGGGUCUGUUGUGGGUAGGAACAGCCCAGGGCGUCAUUGUCACCCUGCCGAUGCCCAAACUAGAAGGCAUUCCCAAAAUAACAGGCAAAGGAAUGACCUCACUUAAUGCUCACAAUGGCCCGGUUGAAUUUCUAGUUGCCACUUCCAGCAUUUUAUCCCAUGAUUUCCUAAAGCGGGAUUCUGCCGUGGAAGGUGGGGAUCCAAAUAGUGAAGGGGAGAAUAAGGAGGCGACAGGCUCGUCUCGGGAAUCCCUCCAGCAGGUAGAUUGCUCUCCGCAGGGAGAUGCCAAACCUAAAGGACUGUUGCUACAAUACCACCUGCGUUCCACAUAUCAGCUCCCUGGUAAGCUUUUGACCGCCCGGCCUGAAGACGCCUCUGAGUUUACGCCAGACUCCUUGGAGCACACCCUGGAGGACGGCUCCAUCUAUGAGCUAAGUGAUGACCCGGAGGUUUGGGUCAGGGACCCUGGACCUUCCUCAAAGGAAACAGUGCGGAGGGAGAAGGUUACAUCAACCGCUGUUAUAUCCGGUGGAAAAGGGUUCCGCCGGCUUGCAAACUCAUCCAGGUCUCCUGACUCUAAUGAGAACACGCUUAUGGUUUGGCAGUUACCCAUUUCAGUUUGAGGAUAUAAUACACGUUCAUCCCUUUACAAUGCGUCAGAUGUUCUCACAGCAGUGGGGGAUUGUCAGAUCACCGAAGGACAAAUAGACUGUGUGCUCCGUGUUUGGAUAGCUUAUGAGGAAAUACUCACUCCACAUAACCGCACCAUUCAAUAUUCAUUUUCCAUAAUAACAGCAUGUGCCUAGUAUACAAUGCACCACAACUAAAUAUAAAAGAAUAAUCUCUUCACAAUGCCACCGAAUGACUAAUGCCACCAAAUGAUCAGAUUUCAUUGCAUGGACGGAAUCAGGGUACGUGUUUGUUGUUUUGUGUUUCAGAUGUUAUACAGAAAAUAAUCUCUAGGAUGUGUGUGAGUAUUUGCUGUGAUCAAGCUCUCUCUCGUUUAAAGGAUAACAGAUAUUUUUAAGGCGACACCAGGUGCACGGUAACUCCACUGAACAUAUUUGGAGUCCUAAUUUAAUGUGUUUUAAUGUUAUUUGAGUCAAAUGUGAAUAUAGGCAAUUCAUAAUUCAGAAAAGCAAGGUACUUGUUUAUCAUGAUUCUCGAUGUCCACAGGGUCACUUUGUUAAAAAAUAAAUCAUUACUAUGAUUAUA